AUGAAGGCAAUCGGCGUGGAGAACUACGGUCCUGUUGACCGUCUUGAAGCUUGGGAAGUCCCGAAGCCGACAGAUCUUCAGCCUCGGGAUCUUCUGGUUCGGAUCAAAGGUGUUGCUGUGAACCCUGUGGACACGAAGGUACGGAAUGAUUACUACGACCGCGUCCCUCGUCCAUUCCAGAUCACCGGGUACGAUGCCUCAGGCAUUGUUGAGGCUACCGGAUCACAAUGCUCGCUUUUCAAUGUUGGCGAUGAAGUAUACUAUUCGGGAAGCCCCAUCAGACAGGGAUCGAACGCCGAGUAUCAAUUAGUAGACGAGAGGAGUGUUGGCCGCAAGCCGAAAAGUCUCGAUUUCGUGGAAUCAGCUGCCAUGCCGUUGACGUAUAUCACGGCGUACGAAGCUCUUGUCGAACGACUGGAGAUUGAGAAGGAAGAAAAAGCAGCCCUUCUCAUCAUUAACGGCGCCGGCGGAGUGGGUGCUAUGGCUACACAGAUCGCACGUGUUGUGUUGGAUCUCCCUGUGGUCAUUACGACAGCGUCACGACCGGAGACAAUCCAAUUUACGAAAGACAUGGGUGCGACUCACGUCGUCAAUCACAGAGAGGAUGUCGCCAGUCAGAUCGAGAAGCUCAACCUCGAAGUACCGUUGAAGUAUAUCUUUAUUACACACUCGACAGACCAGUACAUGGACACGUGUGCUCGGGUUUGCGCGCCGUUCGGCAAGGUCUGCUCGAUCGUCCAAGGCCAAGCCAAGAUGUAUGGAACCGAGUUCAUGUCGAAGUCGUUGACGUUCGUCUGGUGUCUGCUUGGAACCAAGCCAUACCAUAAGGUGGAUGUAGAAUCGCACCAUCGCAUUCUGGAAGAGCUUACAGAUAUGAUCGAUGCGGGCAAGAUCAAGUGCCAUCUCACGAAGCGACUGAAAUUGACGCUUGACGGCGUGAAGAAGGGACAUGAGCUAUUGCAGUCUGGAGGGAGUAUAGGCAAAGUCGGGCUAGGUGUAGAUGAGCCAGGUCCUGGAGAGAUCUUUACAUAG